AUGCUGGGAUAAUUUGAUGACUAGUUUAUGAUGAAUCAAUAAUAGAAUAGAAUGCUUGAAGAUUCAUAAUUUUUACCUCCCGGUGAAAACUUUUCUUCCUACCAAAAUGAAACACCCCCUAUCGAUCAAAACUUUAUUGACUAGAAGAUUAUAUAAAAUAUUCAAAAGUAUAUUUCUGGGUUUAUGACUUAAGGGCAGAUGCCUCCUCAAAUAAAUCCAAUGAGUGCAUAAAUUAAUCAGAACUCUCCUUACCAAAAUUAAAAUUUUACAACUUAACAACUUCCUCCAUAAAGUUAUUUGUCCUAACAAAAUUAACCUUAAAGUGUACUUUAAUAGAGUUCGCCACUUCAGUUUUAAAGCAGUAUUAUAAGCGAUAAUCCUAUUUAUAACUCAUAGUAAGUUCCACCACUUAAUAAUACUACUGGCAUGCUCAGCUAAGAAUUGUAAAAAUUAAGUCUCAAUAACACUCAGAAUAUGGUUGAUAAAAGCUUAGGGAAUAAUCAGCAUCUAUUAAGACAUUAAUAAUAUAUGGGAAGUUAGUAAAUUCCAAGCAGCAAUCAAAGCUAGUUUAAUCAAACUCUAAGAUCUCAAAUUUCUGAGUAGCAGCAUUAAUAGAUUUUAAACGAGCAGAGAAUUUAAUCUGAUGAGUUUGUUAUAUUGAAUAUGAAGGGAGGCAAGACAGAACUGUCAUAAGCAGCACGCCAAAAAGUUAAGAGAGACAAAGCUGUUUAGACAGCAGUUAAUUUAGUUGAUAAUAGAACAGAGUAUGAAACCUUCAGUUAUUUAUAUGACAAAGACUAGGAUUUGAUUAGAUCGGAAAAAGGAUCAUUGUUAAAGUAUCUAAGAAAAGAAGUUGUUUAAAAUUAGGAGUUCUUAGACAGAAUAAAUGAACUAGAAUAGAUUAAUUAAUAACUGCAGGAUGAAAUACUGAUGUAUAAAGACUAGUUACAAGAUAGCUAGUAAUCAUUAUCUGAUCAGUUAGAGAGAUAAAAGAAAGCUCUCGCUGAAUCUAUGAAGAAUAAAGUUGACAAUUCCACUAACUGUGAUAAUUUGAAUGAGAAAAUGGUGAGAGAUCUAGAGGAAUAAGUUGUCUAGCUAAGUUAGAACUUGCAGAGUGAGAAGAAUUCAAAUCGUAGACUCUAAAACGAUCUAAUCGAAAAGCAAAACUAGAUCGAUUAAAUUAGCGAUAGCACUAGUCAUCAACUAUUCAAUGAAAACUCCAAGUUAAAGCAGCAAUUGCAAUCUUUAUAAUAGGAUGUUGAGGAGUUGAACUACUAGAUUGACUCACUUAAUCAGAUCAAUCAGGAUCUUCAAAAUGAAAAUUCUAAGUUUCAAGCUUAGAUUGAGGAAAAAGAGAAGUAUUUCAAUGAGUAGGUCCAAAAGAUCAAAUCUUCAAACUUAGUUUAGUUUGACAGAAUAAAUCAAGAUAAGGAUAGACUGCAGAAAAGAGUGGAGGAGAAAGACAAGACUAUUUGGGAUCAUUAGGCAAAGAUUGAAUAGCACGAGAAGCUUAUUUUGGAAUUAGAGGGCUAGCUUGACAAGAAAAAGAAAAACAAAAAGAAGAAUGAAUGCAUGGAGUGCUUUAAGAAGGAGGCAGAAAUCCAAACCUUGAAUGCUAAAGUACUGAAGAUGACCGGAGACACCUCUCUAAAUCAGAAUGAAUUGACAAGGUAGAUCAAGCAGAAAGACAUGCAAAUCCAAGACAGCUAAAAUCUAAUCAAGAAUCUUACACUAUAGCUGCAGCAGAACAUUCAAAAAGGUGGCGAUGAUCCCAUAGUGCAACAACAUAUUUAAAAACUUCAAAAUGAAAACGACUAGCAGCAGAAAUUAAUAAAGGAUUUAAAGAGUAAUAUGGAAAAGCAGGCAGCAUAAUUUAUGAUGCAACUCAUAUAACAGUAGCCCUCAGGUGCUCCUGGUAAUCAAUCUAGAAGAUGA